AUGGCGGAUGUGGUGCAGGAGCAGGUACCGGAGCAGAAGCUCGAAGAGGAGACGGUCCUGAACGGAGAUGCAGAAGAGAAAGAGGAGGUAGCCAAGAAGAAGAAGAAAAAGAAGAAGAAGAAGUCGGUAGCCCCCGGUAAGAGUUGCGGACAGGCCAGUUACCGCUGAGCCGUGUAUGGAUGAUUGUGCCUUGUGAAACAUGCGCCAGGCCUUAUGAAACACGCCUCGCUCUCAUUACACACGGAUAGCUAAGCAUGGAGCGAGACUUCUGUCAAGCCGAUCAGGAGGCCGAAAUGUCAGUAAACAGACGGAAGUAGUCAUACAAACAAACGUAGUAGUUAGUUAGCUAGCUAGAUAUCUUUCUAGCUUAGCCGCGGUUCGUAGUCCUUUGCUGGCAUGUGCCAGAAGUCGCUAGCAAUUUCAAAGCCAAGUUUUCUUGUUUCAUAAUGUGUGGUGGAAUGCUGUCAUGUUAACGUUAGCUUUCUUACAUAAGGUAAACGCCAGAAUACAGAUUGACUACGAUCUUGAGGUUGUAACUAUCACAGACUAUGAUCUGUUUCAUAAUAAUGUAUCUAUUUAACACUAACUAGUUACGCAUGAUUGACAGCCAAGAUUGGCCCGCUGUUGGCUAGCUAGCUAUGAAACGUCAAGAAACGGUUUGAUUCAGACAGCAUGCUCAUUGAACUCUGCGAACUUACUGCUGACAUAACGUUAUCCUCUCAGCAUGUGCUAUUUAGAGCAACCUGUCUUCUUGUAACAACGUCAACUAGCUACAGUUCGCAUGAAUUCUUCUAAUGGAUGUCAGAUGGUUGCCCUUUAAAUUGACAUACACAACAUUUAGCUUGUAAUGUCCCCUCGUUCGUUACAGCGUGUUUACAUAAGUAAAUCAGGCUUAGCUGCGUGUGCUGGACCCAAGGUUAUACACAGACGUUAAUACUCUCCCCUCUCCUGCCAAGUCCCAGACCUAAGGGAUGCACUUUGCGGGAUGGGAUCAUUGUCCACUGUCCAAAAGCAUCACUUCCCCGCUGGACAGUACCUUCCCUUGCACGCACAUAACACAUCUCUCAUCUUCCCCUCCCCUGUGUCUCCUGGAUGCUCGCUGUUGUGUGUGAUGGAGCUGUAGUCGCCAUGGCCGCCAUGACGUGGUUAGUAUGAUGUAUAGGAUGAGCUCACCAGUGUGUAUCUGUCUCUGCGUUUUAUGACUGCAGCAGCCGGCACUGAGGCUGAGGGCGAUGGAGUGGCUGAAGUCACACAACAGCUGGAGAAGCAGGCUCUGGAGGACAAAGAGAAAGAAGAAGACAUGGAGGAUGGUAAGACAUCGUAACAGUACUCCACUCUAGCCUAGUACUAGGCAGCCCCUGACCUAGAACCACAUGGGCCGAGCUCCAACCAUGGCUCUUCACACCCUGCUGCGGAGCACCUGAGCUGGGUUCAGUCCUGUCGUUGCUCCCCGUAACCCAAAUCUGUCAAAUCCUAAACCUUAACCAUCCCAUGUCUGACCCAUAAGGACGUAAGUCUAUCUCCAGCACAGAGAUGACCUUACACAUAACUACUUACACAUCUACCAAUACAUGGCCUGCUGGGAGCUGAUAAACUCUGGUGUUACAUUACAUGUGACAAAUGACUUCAAAUUCCUCCCUAUUUCUCUCAGAUGGAGACGAGGGGGAGAACUCAGCAGGCAAAAAGAAGAAGAAGAAGAAAAAGAAGAAAGGACGUGAGUUGGUCUUAUUUCCUUGGACACUUGAGAGUUCUGACUUUCACUUUGUCUGGUCAUGUAUAGGGUGCAGUGGGAGAGUAGCCUAUGAUCUAGUGAUGGAUAUGACUGGCUGGCUCUCUGCCAUACUGCUGCACUCUGGAGCAUUACCAUAACCCUGCAGCCCCCCUCAGGUCCUCAGGCUAAUGGGCACACUUUGCUUUUCCCAGAAUAUUGCUGUGUCACCUCAGGAAUUACAACUCAAACUUUCUAGCUAGUUUAUGAACUGGUAAUGAACGGUUAUGUGACUGAUUGUUUCUUCCUGUCUUUCACAGCCAAAGUUCAGACUGACCCUCCAUCUGUGCCCAUCUGUGAGUUGUAUCCAAGUGGAGUUUUCCCCAUCGGUCAGGAAUGUGAAUACCCCCCAUUACAGGAUGGGUAAGAUUCAUACACGCACUCAUACACAAUCUCACAAACACCUACUCUUGGCUUAGUGUGUGGUUCGUACCUGGUUAGUGUGGUAGCGGUGCCCAGCCUCUUAUUUCCCAAGCACUAUGUUAUACUAGAGUGGCAGCUCCUCUGAUCAUCAUGCUGUACCUGUCCCAGCUGCAACACAAACUGGUAGCUACCAGAGAGACCGGGGAGGGAGCUUUUCAGGUUUGAGUUUGUUCUGAAAUAAACAGUGCUGCCUGGCGUACAUGCAUCAGUCAGUGUGCUUAUCAAACAGAAGUGACAGGGUGAUUCUUCACCUUGGAUCUCUUCACUGAUGUGAAACUCAUUGACAUAAAGGGCUCUUAAAGAUGUGCUAUGCAGAAAUCACGCCGCCAUUUCCUGGUUGCUAAAAUUCUAAAAGUUCACCUAAUUUCAGUUUGUGACAAAACAAGCAAGUAUAGUGUAGAGAAUCAUUGUACCAUCUAAACUGCUGUGAAAUAUAUUUUCAUAACCAAAAAUAUUGUAUUUUCAGCUGUUUUGGAGCUGGUGUACAAAACCGAAAGUAAAAGAUGCAAAAACGAAACUUACCGGGAAGCAUAGAAAUAGCGCACAUAGAACAGAUCUACCGCUUCUUAGACUUGCUUUCAAUGAGAAUGACAGAUCUAUAACACACAGUUUGAUUUAUCAUCUAGUCAUGCUUGCAUUGAUUCCCCUGGGUGGUGGAGCAGGAUUAAGAUGUAUGCGUGUACACUAACUUCGUUGUUGAUCCCCCAGGGUAGUCGUGCAAUGACAAAAUGUUUGUGUGUGCUAACCUCAUUGCUGAUUCCUCCUUGUGAAUCACACGCACAGUGAUGGGAAGAAGUGUGUGUGUGCGCUGACCGCUAACCUUGUUGCUUAUUCCCCUUGGUGCAGGCGUACCGCGGCGUGGAGGACCACCAAUGAAGAGAAGCGGGUUCUGGACAAGGCCAAUGAGGAGGUGUGGAGCGACUUCAGACAGGCUGCUGAGGCCCACAGACAGGUCCGCCAGCACGUCCGCAGCUUCAUCAAACCUGGCAUGACCAUGAUCGACAUCUGGUGAGCCUUCAUCAUCAUCACAGCUGAGAUGUUGCUUCCUAUUCUCUUUCUAUUUGUCAGUCUUUUCCCCUUGCAUUCCAUCUCUCUUUUGCAUACAUCCGUUCUUGCGCUUUCAUCCCAUCUCUUUCUGUAUAACUAAUUUCUCUGUGUGUGUGUGUUUCAGUGAGCGGUUGGAGAACUGUUCUAGGAAGUUGAUCAAGGAGAAUGGUCUGAGUGCAGGCCUGGCCUUCCCUACCGGCUGCUCUCUGAACAACUGUGCAGCUCACUACACCCCUAACGCCGGAGACCCCACCGUGCUGCAGUACGACGACGUCUGCAAGAUAGACUUCGGAACACACAUCAACGGUACACCCAUGCCACAGUACACGCAUCAAAACAUACUUGACACAUAAACAUAUACAAACACAUAUCAACUAGCCACUCAGACCCGUAGGAUGCUGUGCUCACUCCCACUGUGUUUUUCAGGUCGGAUCAUUGACUGUGCCUUCACCGUCACCUUCAACCCAAAGUAUGACAAACUGCUCGAGGCCGUGAGAGACGCCACCAAUACUGGAAUCAAGGUCCGACAUCCAUUCACACACCAUCCAUUUCUGAGGCCCAUUGAUAUAAUUUGACAUAAGUGUAGUUCAGAUGUUCAGUCUCAUCUCAAUCAUGCUUCAUCAUUCUGCAGUGUGCUGGAAUCGACGUGCGUCUGUGUGAUGUUGGCGAGAGAAUUCAGGAAGUGAUGGAGUCGUACGAGGUGGAGAUUGAUGGCAAAACAUACCAAGGUACUGACUGAGCUACUGAACACACACAGUGAAUUUGUGGUUGUAAUUUAUGAUCAAAGAUAAUCACUCACAAAUGUAAAUUUGGAUAAUUUCCAGUGAAGCCAAUCCGAAACCUGAACGGCCACUCAAUCGGCCAGUACAGGAUACAUGCCGGCAAGACUGUCCCCAUCGUCAAAGGAGGAGAAGCUACCAGGAUGGAGGUGUGUAUCUCUUACUGAUGCUACAAUUGAGCGUUUGAUGAGCAAUGAGGGAGAUGGUGAGGCUAGAAAGGGCUGCAGAGUAAUGAUGUGCUGUGGGAGGGUGACCGAGUAAUGAUGCUGAGUAAUGAUGUGCUGUGGGAGGGUGACCGAGUAAUGAUGCUGAGUAAUGAUGUGCUGUGGGAGGGUGACCGAGUAAUGAUGCUGAGUUAAUGGUGUGCUUAAGGACCGUGCCAGGUCCAAUUAGCCAGUAACGCAAUACCUGUACACCUGAAUUGGUGUCGUCGAUGAUCAAUGAAUUUCUAUAACACAGGAUUGCCUGCCCCUGUGUAUUUGGUUGACUGCAGCAAUGUCUUCCUACCCCAAUAAGUGUGUCCUUUUCUGACUGAUUACCUCUUUUGCACCACCAGGAGGGAGAGGUGUAUGCCAUCGAGACCUUUGGCAGCACAGGGAAGGGCGUGGUCCAUGAUGACAUGGAGUGUUCUCAUUACAUGAAAAACUUUGAUGUGGGACACGUCCCAAUCAGGUAAGUUGGUUGUCUGUGUGAACACUGGACUGUGUUGGGCAGCUGUGAGACUGUUUAUUCCACAGAGGUUGUACCCUCUCUCUCACUUCCUCCCCCCAGACUCCCCCGGGCGAAGCACCUGUUGAACGUGAUCAACGAGAACUUUGGCACGCUGGCAUUCUGCCGGCGCUGGCUGGACCGGCUGGGGGAGAGCAAGUACCUGAUGGCCCUGAAGAACCUGUGCGACCUGGGCAUCGUGGACCCCUACCCCCCGCUCUGCGACACCAAGGGCUCCUACACCGCCCAGUUCGAGCACACCAUCCUGCUUAGGCCCACCUGCAAGGAGGUGGUGAGCCGAGGGGACGACUAUUGAAUACUGAACCCAACCUCAUUCAAACCGCACCACAACCCCUCCCCUUCAACCCCCCCAAUACAGAGAAUACACACUGAACCAUCUGCCUGCACUCUAACAGAAAAACAGCAUCUAAAUACAGGACCUUGCUUUGGUCUCUUCUUUCUCCUGCCUUGGCAGAGCAGCCAGUAAGGGCUUUGAAAAAUGCUGCUGUAAGGUACCCCACAAUGCAUUUCUACCGCUACUUAAGAGCGAGCAUGGAGGGACUGGCUUACGUAGCAGCGGCUGAAUCUUUUUUUCCUCUUUUCUUUUGGUGACAUUGAACCACAAAGCUUAGUCGUAAUUUUCCCCCUUGCUAGAGGGAUCUGUGGACACAGUGGGGUCUCUGCAAUCUUCUGAAGCCAGACCUGCCAUAGAAUAUCAAAUAAACUGUUACAGUUCAACUGCUUAGAACCCCCAGUAUUUAGAUCCUUACCAAAAUAAGUACCCUCCUCUCCCUCUAAGUAUGCCCAGGGCCUGGAGUGUUUCCUCAUGUGACCUGAUCAGGAAAAACUCCUGGCCCUUACGGCUAUACAGUUCCUGGUUCAGACUGCGGUCUUUCAGCCUGACCCUACAGUGUUCUGGUCAUUAGUAACAGUCAGGACCCAGUCACUCGGUUGGUGGUAGGCUGGAUCGAUUGCUCGUCAGAACCCUGAAAUUGUACAAUUCUUCCGCUUUUGAGUUCUGGGUGGGAACGAUGACUAGAAAACCAUGCAUCUAUAGCUGUAUGUUUGGCUUCAUUAUACCGCUACAGGGAGGGGACUCUGCACUCCGCUCCUCCAGUAUUUAUUUCUUAGAUAUUUGUAAAAUAUCUUUGAAAUGGCUGCUGCCACUAUGUGUACCACUUAAUUUUGAAUUCCCUGGAAAUGUUUUUGUAAGAAGAAAAUUAUUGAAAUAAAAAAUGUUGCUCUCUGUAUUCCUUCACUGAGAAGAUAGUCUUGAUUGGCUGUUGGUGGUUGGAAGGAUGAGUCCUCUGUUCCUACGCAACCUUGCAGGCAUCCAGUAGAUUCUAGCAGAGGAAGAAGCGAGAUUUCACUCGCCAAAAUCUGUCCAAAGCAUUUCUAUGAGCUUAUCGCCUGCCUUCCCGCCUUUUGGGACAACAACUCCCAUUGUUAGGGCGGAGACAUGAGCAUCUAGUCAUUAUAUACAAAUCUCUGAUUCUAGUUGAA